AUGUCAGUUACGACCAUGCUUCAACCCGCCUCGAGAAUUUCUCGAGCAUCCUCCUCUUCAUCUUCUUCGUUUCAGCCCGUAGCACGACAGAACACCAUGUCGUCCCACGAUACUCGGUCGCUGCGGCAAUCUAAGCGGAUGUCGGUCACCGCACUCUACGUGUCCAUGAACGCCAAGGACAGGGAUUUGGAAAUUUCAGAUGAUUUGGCGAGAGCACAAAAAUACCUGCGAGAACUCAAGGCCAAGAUCUCUUCUCAGUCUAAGAAGAAUUUCGUAUUAGAAAAGGACGUGCGAUAUUUGGACUCGCGGAUUGCUCUGCUGAUUCAGAACCGCAUGGCACUAGAAGAGCAAAACGAAGUUGCCAGUCACCUCGAUGACACGGCCGAUCCUGCAGAAGGAUUCUUUCCCAAUGAUGAGCGAACCCAGAAAUACGGCAAUCUUUUGUUCCUGCUGCAAUCAGAGCCCCGCCACAUUGCUCAUCUCUGUCGACUCGUGUCAAUGGCUGAAAUCGACUCCCUACUGCAGACCGUCAUGUUCACCAUCUACGGAAACCAAUACGAAAGCCGUGAAGAGCACUUGCUGCUCACUAUGUUCCAGUCCGUCCUGACCUUCCAAUUUGACAACACUCCCGAAUACUCUUCUCUUCUACGUCAGAACACCCCGGUGUCUCGCAUGAUGACAACUUACACCAGGCGUGGUCCCGGUCAGAGUUAUCUAAAGCAGGUUCUCGCAGAACGAAUCAAUUCAUUGAUUGAACUGCGUGAGGUUGAUCUGGAAAUUAACCCCUUGAAAGUCUACGAGAGUAUGGUCAACCAGAUUGAGGAAGAGACCGGCUCGCUGCCAGAUUAUCUACCCCGAGCAGUGACCGCAGAAGACGCUGCAGACAACAAGCAGGUGCAAGCAAUCAUCACACCGCGCUUGAAGAUGCUGACUGAUAUUGCGAAUGGAUUCCUGACCACCAUCAUCGAGUCGGUGGAUGAGGCUCCGUACGGUAUUCGGUGGAUCUGCAAGCAGAUUCGCAGUCUGUCUCGCCGCAAGUACCCGGACGCCCAGGACCAGACAAUCUGUACUUUGAUCGGCGGCUUUUUCUUCCUCCGUUUCAUUAAUCCCGCUAUUGUGACUCCUCGCUCCUACAUGCUGAUCGAUUCAGUUCCCACCGACAAGCCCCGCCGUACCUUGACUCUGAUUGCCAAGAUGAUUCAGAACCUGGCCAACAAGCCGACAUACGCCAAGGAGCCAUACAUGGCCAGCCUGCAGCCUUUCAUCGAGCAGAACAAGGAACGAGUCAACAAGUUCCUCCUGGAUCUGUGUGAGGUUCAGGACUUCUACGAGAGUCUUGAGAUGGACAACUACGUGGCUCUUUCUAAGCGCGAUCUUGAGUUGCAAAUAACCCUCAACGAAAUGUACGCCACACACGCUCUGUUGGAGAAGCACAGCGAGGCAUUGACCCAGGAUCAACACUCGCAUCUUGCUAUGCUUUUGCAGGAGCUCGGCUCAGCCCCGACCCAGGUUCCCCGCAAGGAGAACCGAACUAUCACAGUGCCCCUUUUCAGUCGAUGGGAAACGGCCCUGGAUGAUCUGACGGCCGCCUUGGAUAUCACUCAAGAAGAAGUGUUUUUUAUGGAGGCCAAGUCUACAUUUGUACAGAUCCUUCGUUCGCUGCCUCAUAACUCCUCGGUCGCUCGUCGGCCUUUGCGGCUAGACCGCAUCGCCGAGGCAGCUGCCACACUGAAGAAAGAUGUUGUCAUGGUCCGAAAGGGCAUCCGCACCAUGGAGCUCCUCAGUCAAUUACAGGAUAUGGGCGUGAUUGACCGAUCUGACGAGUUUAGCUUGCUUCGAGAUGAAGUAGAGCAGGAGUUGGUGCACCUCGGCUCCUUAAAGGAGAAGGUGUUGGAGGAAACACGACAACUUGAGGAGGUGUUUUCCACCAUCCGCGACCACAAUGCGUACCUCGUGGGCCAGUUGGACACCUACAAGUCCUACCUUCACAACGUGCGCAGUCAAUCCGAGGGUAAGUCCCGGAAAACACAAAAGCACCAGGAACUGGGCCCCUACAAGUUCACCCACCAACAACUGGAGAAGGAGGGCGUUAUUCACCGAAGCAAUGUGCCCGAGAAUCGCCGGGCGAACAUUUACUUCAUGUUCAAGAGCCCGCUUCCUGGAACCUUCGUGAUCAGCUUGCACUACAAGGGGCGAGCCCGUGGCUUGCUGGAGCUUGACCUUAAGCUGGAUGAUCUCCUGGAGAUGCAGAAGGACAACCUGGAAGACCUUGAUCUGGAAUAUGUCCAGUUCAAUGUCAGCAAGGUUCUGACACUGCUUAACAAGCGAUUUGCCAGAAAAAAGGGAUGGUAG